AUGGUUAAAGUGCCCAUAUCCAACUUUUUCUGGAACUACAAGCAUCAAAAUUUGCUAACUCCUUUACUUUUAAACAGUGGUCCCAGGGCUGUUUCUGUUGUUAAUUCUUCCUCGGAAAGACUAGGAGGAGCAAAAGUUGUCGCUACUGCUGUGGCUCCAGAUGAUGUGGCAAAAAUUCAGGAGUUUCUAAAAAGAUGGAGUGAUGUUGAACAUGUGGAUCUUAUACUUACCCUUGGUGGGACCGGCUUUACCUCACGAGAUGUAACACCAGAAGCUACAAAACAGUUGAUUGAGAAGGAAACCCCUGGUCUUUUGUAUGUAAUGACGCAAGAAAGUUUAAAGUUUCACCCAAGGCACCUAAACUAAAGCCAAUAGCUAUUAUUAUUUCAGUUUAUUUGCUUUUACGAUGUUUCAGUUUCUCACUCUGGUCUCAUUUCUUUUAAUAUUGAAUUUUGUGAAUUGGUGCAUUUGGUUUGCUUGGUUUAUGCUAUUUGUUAUUAUCAGUAUUAAUGCACGCCAAGUGCUCUCUUAUAUGCCUCUUUGAUAUUCCUCUCUGGUUUAUGCAUGUUCACAAUUCUGAAUUCUUGUUUCUCUAUCCAAGUUCAUAUUUCUAUUUUAUAUACAUUACAAUAUAAGAAGCUAAGGAAUAAGAGAUCUAGUUUGCUUAUUGUUUAAGAUUGCUAAAUCAUAGUGGCAAAGAAUCUUAAUUCACCAGUGUUUAUCAUCAAUGUCAUUGAAAAAACACACCUUCCUCACACACAAUAUUGUUAAUAAUAAGUCUUAAACAAAAGUGAAGAAAUGUUGCUUUUAUUUGGAAAAUUGGAAGGUUUAUUAUUAAGCUAAUAAAAAACAGUUCAUCCAAAAUUUCAUAAGAUUGUUACUUUUGGUGGAACUAAAAUUUUUAUUGAAUAGAAAAAAUAAUUUUCAAUUUAAGCAAUCAUACAUAUUGAUAUAAGAUUGAUAUUUAAACACAAUGAAUGGUAAAAUUUAAUGCAUAUUUGGAUCCAGCACGCAAUAACAUCACAACUUGGACUCCUUUAUGAAUGAGCUAUACAAGAACAGA